AUGGACCACUUUACAAAUUCCACAACUAUUGCAGAAUUCUUCCUCCUUGGGUUUCCAGGACUCCUUCCAGAAUAUUACACAGCAGUUGGAACCCUUCUCCUCUUCAUUUAUCUCACACUUGUAGGGGGAAACAUUUUCAUUAUUGCAUUUGUGUCUUAUGAAAAGAGCCUUCAAAAACCAUGCUACCUGAUCUUCUGUAAUCUUGCUGCAGUGGACUUUGCUUUUGGAACCACCACAAUGCCUAAAAUCACUGCAAAAUACCUACUUAGAGAUGAAAAAUUGUCAUUCCAAGCUUGCUUUGUACAAAUGUUUUUUAUUCAUUAUCUUGGAACGGUCACUUCUUUCCUUUUGCUGUUAAUGGCCACUGAUCGAUUAAUCGCUGUAUGUAACCCCCUCAGAUACCCUGCUCUUAUUACAAACUAUUCAGCAGGACUCGCAUGUGGAGUGAUGUGGGCAUUUCCAAUUCCAAUGAUGACAAUGAUCACUCUCCAGACAAUAGGAGUGCCUUACUGUGCCUCAAAUGUUAUAGCACAGUGUUUCUGUGACCAAAAUUCAAUAAGCAGACUAGCUUGUACUGACUUUCGGAAUAUAAGAUUAAUUUCCACUGUGGUGGCUAUGAUUGUGCUGUUGGGCCCCCUUACAUUCAUCAUAUUCUCCUACACAGCAAUCAUCAUAACGGUCUUAAAAAUAUCCAGUGUUCAAGCAAUGUACAAAACAUUCUCCACAUGUAGCCCCCAGCUUAUUAUCAUAUGCCUUUACUAUCUGCCCAGGUGUGCUGCUUAUGUUACCGAUUUAACAGUUCAAAUGAAUGUCGAUAUUCGCAUUAUAGUGAGCAUGUGGUAUAGUCUGUUUCCCCCUCUUGUCAAUCCAAUAAUAUUCUGUUUCCGAACCAAACAAAUUAGAGAAUCUUUAAUAAUGAAAAUAAGAAAAAUUAGGCUCAGUCAACUGAAAGCACCAUUAAGAUGA